AUUCAUACUUUAAAUAAUAAAUAAUUAAUACAACAACUUAUCAGUGCAAGGGUAAAAAUAUCCGUAGCAAAGUGGACAACUUCUGGGUAAGAGUAAAGCUUCUUGAUUGACCCAGCUAAAAAUUUCCGAACAAAUAUGACAUGAUAAGAUAAUUCUGAUAGCAAAAUUGCUUGUCUUUCCACCCGUGACAACAUGUGUCGAUAAAAUAACCCUGUAGGUUGUCCAUUUAGUAUUUACACUGAACAUGUAUUCGAAUAAAUCCAGUAACCGUUUAUUGAUCAGAGAAAAAUGUAACUUGAUGUGUGACUGCCACCCGACGAAACAAUGAUACAAAAGACUUGAGUAUAAGAAACACUUAUUUAUAAAAUUCAGACAAUACUAAUGCCAAGUUGGGCCUUGUGGCGUUAUCCUCAUCUGAGCUUUAGUUUUCAGAGCAACUGAAUUUAUUUUCGAUCAACAAAUAGCUGCAACUUUGCAAGUCAACUUCCCAGCAUAGGUAAGCUUUGAGAACUGAAAACUUUCAGUUCCAUUGAUAAUCUUCAUGCUGUCUUCCCCGGACGUCCGUCUUCCCCGACGCCUUCCUCAAUCAUCUCCCCGCCCCCUUCAUUAGAAUAACCGCUCGGCCCAUCCCGAAGUGAACACCGACCCUGGCAUACCAUAACCCACAAGCGCAUGAUCCGGAAGGGCUCGGCGCGUCUAAGCCCGCGCUCCCUGAAGCAAAUCCAUGGAAACCUUGUCGUUAAGGGCAUCACCUCGCGCCUCCAGCCUCUGCGGGACCUCCUGCUCGCGUGCGUCGCCUCGUUCCACGGCAGCAUGGACUACGCACGCAAGGUGUUCGACGGAAUCCCCCACCCGGACCUCUUCAUGCACAACGUCAUGGUGCGCGGCUAUGCACACAGCAACGCGCCCGCCGAGGCCUUCGCAUUGUACCGACGCGUCGAGGCGGUGCACCUGAGGCCCGAUGGCUUCACGUUCUGCUAUCUCCUCCGGGCAUGUACUGGAUUGCCGGCUUCAUGUGCCGGGUACCAGGUCCAUGGCACCGUCGUGAAGCUCGGCUUGUUGAAGGAUGCGUUUGUCAGGAACGCGAUUAUCAACAUGCAUGCCAAGUGUGGGGAUUUGCAGGUGGCUGGGACGCUUCUUGAUGAGACUGGUGAGGGAGAUGUCGUGGCAUGGUCGGCUGUCAUAGCGGGGCACGCAGCAAGAGGUGAGUUGGACAUUGCAAGACAAAUGUUUGAUAGUUUUCGGCACAAAGACUUGGUGUGUUGGAACGUGAUGCUGGCCGCGUAUGCUAAGCAUGGGGAGAUGGAGACAGCGAGGAAAUUGCUUGACCGUGCACCUGAGACAGAUGUGGUUUCGUGGAACACAAUUAUCACAGGGUACGCGGCAAAGGGGUUGCUGAAGGAGGCAUUAGAGGUACUUGGCGAGAUGAAGUGUGCGGGCUGGAUGCCUGAUGAGGCCACCAUUGUUAGCUUGCUUUCGUGCUGUGCAAACUUAGGGUCACUUGAGGCAGGGAGGAUGGUACAUUCUUUGCACUUGGAAAGUUGGCCAUGUAUAAGUAUUAUUCUUGGAAAUGCAUUGGUGUCAAUGUACACAAAGUGUGGGGAUGUACAAGCUGCAGUGGAAGUCUUUAACAGGAUGAAGGAGAGGGAUGUCUGGACAUGGAACUCUAUAAUCGGAGGGCUGGCCUUCCAUGGGCAGGCGGAACAGUCCAUCCAGUUCUUCAAGAAAAUGCUUGAAGUGGGAACAUGCCCAAAUGAGGUUUCUUUCCUUUGUGUUCUCGGUGCAUGCAGUCAUGCCGGAUUUGUUGAAGACGGUCAGAGAUAUUUAUCUCUGAUGAAAGACCGGUACAGGAUUGAGCCUAAUGCAAGGCACUACAGUUGCAUAGUGGAUAUGCUUGGCCGUGCAGGCUUACUGGAUGAAGCAUUUGCAGUUCUGAGUAGCAUGAGGUGUGAACCUAGUGCGGUUAUAUGGAGGACUAUGCUUGGUGCCUGCAGGAUCCAUGGGAAUGCAACCCUGGGCAAGCUUGCCAGGGAGAGGCUUCUACAGAUGAAUGAAGAUACGAGCGGAGACUAUGUGAUGCUCUCUGGCAUUUAUGCAUCAUGUGGUGAAUGGUUUGGGGUGGAGACAGUUCGAGGAUCAAUGGAUGAGAGGGGGGUAAGGAAGGUUGCUGGUUAUGCUCAGGUCGACAACAAAAUGGCUCGUCUUUCAGCAUUGUGAUGUUCUGCAUACUCUGCAAUGAAAUAUUAGAUGAAGUGGCCUAUACCCAUGGUCAGCUUUUCAUUUUUCGCUAACUGGAGGAUAGGAGGAAGUAGCACCCUGGUAGGCAGAUGCCAGGGGCAGGAGGCGUGGACAGUCAAGUCAUAUUGAAAACUACCAUAGGGUGGUCGGUUCACUUGGAAUAGCAGCGUCAGUGCAACAAGCAGGCACCGAAGAUGCUUCUACACGUACGUGAAAGCUGGGAAGUCACUGUAUCGCGCCUUGAACCGGAUGAACUGUGUGAAGAAAGGAAGCGUCUGGUUGGUGGUGCCCAUGGCAAUGGCGCUCGCGAGGGUGCCGACGACCGCGAUGACGC